CACAACAAUGGACAACAAUUCAGAAAGACAGCCAGCGACUUCCUUCUGGACUGGGUGGACAAGAUAGCCGAGGUGCUCUAGUGAUUUUCUCUGCUCUAUACAUGUAGACCUACCAGAUUGUGAAGCACGCCACUUGAUUACGACCUACCAGAUUAUUAUCUUUACGAGCCAUUGUGGAGUGAGUGUGAUUCUUGGUGCAAAAGCUAUCUUAGUUGCGUCCAGGAAAGCUGGAAAGGAAAUACCGAGCGAGAUGGCCAGUGUCCCAGGGAGGGGAAACGUAGCAGCUCUGAGAGUAGUGCAGCUCGACGCAUCGGAGCUGGACGAGGAACUGGUCCUGACCCUGCGCCAGCAGGUUGUGUCCGCCUUUCGUCACUUUCAGCCCGGAGGGUGGUUGGCUAGCUUGCAGCCAGAGAUCAACGCCGUGUUGCGCACUUUGAUAUGGAAGCAUUCCAUAUACUCAGAUGGAGCAUCGUUUGGCCAGUCCAUGCUCAACUUGACCUACAGCCCAGCAGAUUCUUCUGGGAUAUCUCUGAAGGCGAAGAUAGCACACGGUCUGGUGUCUGUUCUGGGAUCGUGGCUCGCCGAGCGACAGGCCAUUCUGUGCCGUGUACUGACACGUUACUCCUCGAUUCCUGCUGACACGCUGAGGCGGUACGUCAGUGGCUGUGGUGCUGCUCUGCGCUUGGCAAGCCUGGUCAACAUACUGGUGUUCCUUCAGCAAGGACAGUACUCGUCUUUAUUGGAGCGUCUGCUCGGCCUUCGCACCUAUUUCUUUCGAUCCGAUCUUCGCCGACAGGUUGGAUUUGACUUCCUCAACCGCGAGCUGCUCUGGCAUACGUUUGGUGAGUUUCUCCUCUUCCUAUUGCCGAUGAUAAGCGUCCACCGGCUGAAGCUGGCGCUCAGAUCCUUCCUGGCUAGGUUCCCUGGCAUGCAACGCCUGUUGGGAAUAUCAGCGUUGGUCAGUGGCUCGUCGCAGGCAGCCUCUCAGCCAAUUUCGCACACGUCGCCGCCAUUGGAAUGCGCCGUCUGCGAGAAACUGGCCACGUGCCCGCACACCGCGGACUGCGGGCACUUCUUCUGUCACUACUGUGUUACGGCCAAUGUCCAGGCAGAUGAGUUCUUCUCCUGUCCGCAGUGCAACUGUCAGAUCAGAUCUGUGCGGCCAGUCGCCGUUGACAAGCCUCCAUCGUGACCGGACGGUUUAGUGUAGAAAGGAAUUCCAGGACUGUGACCAUGCUGCAUGGCUGAUCAAGUAGAAAGGCAAUGGUGUCGCUCGGUCUACAUGUGAGCGAGCUUGACCGUCUACCAUCCAGUGGUCAACCGUGCUCGGCUUUCCUGGCUCGAUGUCCGAUGAUAAUUAUCCCUCCAACUGCGUGUGAUUGAGCUAAACUAUCUUCUAACCAGCGUUCAAUCCCGUUCGGCUUUCCUGUCUCGAUGUCCGAUGAUGUCUAUCCGACUAUGUACGGGCUAAACCGUCCAAGAUCCAGCAGCCAAUCCUGCUUCGCCUUCCCGGCACUCAUCGUUAUAGUUGUGAGGCAGGUGUUACGAUGACAGGGACAUGAAAAGAUCCGUUUGCCUGCAGUGACGUGCAUGGUAUCGAACGCCACCGCGGGAAGCCGAGCGUCGGUGAGCAGUGUGGAUGUGUCAGUUCUGCUCCGUGCGUGAGGUCCAGAACGUGCCAGUAGUCGGAACAUCGCGGCGAUCCGAGCGACCUCUGCCGUUCCCCUGCGACGAGCAGGCCUCCCUCUUGCCUUCGCAUUUGCACUUGUCCCCUGUGGCGUACUGGCUGGCAACCUCUUUGGCCUGUGGAGCGCGCUGGUCUGAACACGUGGUGUGUGUGUGUGUUGCAGCACUCCUGUACACGCUUCUUGUACUGCUGGGCAUUGAUGAUUGGGUCAGGCAGCAAUGAUGUCACCACACCAGCAAUGAUGGCACCACACCAGAAAUGAUGUCACCAUACCAGCAAUGAUGUCACCACAUUGUAGGCUCCUGCAAGUGCUGAGGUCAGGAACUCAAUGCACUUGUUUCAGCUGCUUCUGGCAGCCAUUUCAGUCUUCUAGCAAAACGUCGGAAUGCAGCAACUCAACGUCUUUCACAUCGUGUGCUCGUUUCCUUUACUGAAUGUUGGCCCGAGCGUGGUAUGCAUCCAAAUCCUGCUGGCAGCGCAGCUGUGUAAACAUAUGCACACAGGUGCUCGUGGACAGUAGAAACUGGGGACACAAGAUUGACAGAACUGCAUCAUUCAGCAUGACCUGACACUGAGCUUGCCUGCGUGUGGUUGAUCCGAUAUCAACGUGCUAUGAUGAACAUACUUGGACUAAAUUGCAUGUAAGUUACUUGCGCGUAUCUCCGUCACACUCCAUCGCAUCCAUCUUACGCUCUCGGCUAGCUUUCAUGCCUAGCAGCCAUCACCACCACCAUUAUUAUUAUUUAUCACAGCAUCUCAUAGCACAGUGAGAACACCGGCCAAUGCAAAGAGAGAGGGUGUUAGCCAACCACGGCAAGGAAGGGAGAAGGGGAGGAGAAGAAAAAGGAACCGGCAUGGAUAAGCAUAACAAGGCCAGUUCUGUUGACUACACUGUUAGCGUAGCAAUGGUGGAGAGUUGUGUUGCGUUGCUGCCUCCCUGUGCACAUGUUGCAGCGGCGUCGCACACGCUACGGUCACUACGGUAUUGACCGUACCACUCUUUGUCCCAGCUACCCGGGAAUCAAUAAAAUGAGCUGGUCUGGACUCAAAAUUUCCCGAAAUGUUCAGCUCAGGCACCCUUCCCCCCACGAGUAAAUUGCACUUCAGAUGGCUGACCGUGCCACACUGAAAUACCGUCCGAGACCCGAUGUGCUGUCAUGCUUGCAUCACUGUGAUAGACAUUCCCCAGCUGAGCCAUUCCGCUUGCGUCCACUUUGAAAGCCUUUCAGUAUCAUAUCGUGCUUUUUCUCAUGCCUUUUUCCUGAAAAUAUGAAUUUUUGUAGGACUACAUGGCCUUGAGUUUUGUUUUUGACUUUUUGGUGUACGAGAAGACCACUGACUUGGCCCAUGUCAAGUUGGUUACCCUUGUUUCAGUCAAGUUAGGUGCCGUUCGG